AAAAGUACAGAUACAAUGUAUCUGCAAACUUUCAGUAUCAUUUCAUUGGCUAAAUUAUCCCCCAAUUCUCAAUGUUUAUGUAUUCAAUUACUAGUGGCAUCCCACAUAAUUGCAACAUUUAGAUCUCCGCCGUCUACCAAAUUCCCAUUCCGAAACGGUUUUUUUUUGUCUACAUUUAGCCGAAGAGAUUGCUACUUGCCUCAUUCUCGAAUUUCUUUUCAAUCCCAAAUAAGUUUCUCUUUUCUUAAUCAAUUUAUGUUUUCCUUUCUGUCUCUAUAUAAAUUUUAAAAUUAAUUCUGGUAUAUAUUGAGUUUUACUUUGUAUGCUAAAUUGUUUUUUUUGUUUUUGUUUUGGGUUUCUUGUGAUUCCAUUCAGUUGUCUUAAGCUUAUUUAAAGCUAGAAAGAUUGUGGAUUUUAUUUAAUUAUUUCCUGUGAAUUUAACUUUUCUGGGUUGUUUUUAUAUUUGGGUGUUUAUUUAAUUUAAGAAAUAGGGUUUAGGGAUUAGAUUUAUGAUCUUUAAUUUCUGGGUAGCUUUAUAUUUGCAACAUUAAUUUCAUGGGUUUUUAAGUUAUGAGAAACAAAAUUUAGGGUAUUAAAAUAAAAAAAGUGAUUUUAGGUUUUGGGUAGAAUUGAUGGAGAGUAAUUUGACAUUAGGGAAUAUGAUGCCUAGUGGGUCUACUUAUGGAGGUUCUGAUUUGCAAGGAUCCAUGAGAGGAAAUCACCAUCAAAACCCUAGUAGCCUUCAGCAACAACACCAUCAUUCUCAACCUGUGCAAGGUUUAAUGAACCACCCAUCUAAUGUUUUUCCUAUUCAAAUGGGGCAAGGACAUAAGUGUGAUCAUCCGAAUUUGGGGGGUGAUUAUAAGGUGGAGAAGGGAAAAAAUUCGGCCACAGACGAGGAUGAAUUGAGUUCUAAUGAAGGGGGAGUAGAGGGACAAUGUGAUCCUUGUAAGGGAAAGAGAGUAGCUCAAUGGCAGCGCGUAAAAUGGACUAAUUCGAUGGUAAAGCUUUUGAUCACGGCUGUUUCGUACCUUAGUGAAGAGAGUUCCUUAGAGGGUUGUACCGGAGGGAGAAGGAAGUUUUUGAAUUUGCAUAAGAAGGGUAAGUGGAAAUCGGUUUCGAUAGUUAUGGCCGAGAGGAGAUUUUUCGUUUCACCUCAGCAGUGUGAAGAUAAAUUCAAUGACUUGAAUAAGAGAUAUAAGAAACUGAAUGAUAUUCUUGGGAAGGGAAUUACUUGUCAAGUUGUUGAGAAACCGGCACUUUUGGAUAUGAUGGAUCAUUUAUCGGAGAAAACGAAAGAUGAAGUUAGGAAAAUUUUGAGCUCAAAACAUUUGUUUUACGAGGAAAUGUGUUCGUAUCAUAACAAUAAUAGGUUACAUUUACCCCAUGACCCGGCACUUCAGAUGGCUUUGCAGUUGGCAUUGAGAAGUAGAGAUGAUAACGAUCCCGAUUCUAGGAGAGACCCUCAUGAAGACGAUGAGGAUGAUCAUGAUUUAGAAACCGAUGAUCAUGAAGAAUACGAAGAAAACUAUAGUAGGGGAUCAAGAGAUCCUUUUAAACGGAUGAAACAAGGGCUAGGUCUUGAAAAUUUUAGCUUUGGGGCACAAGCUACGCAGGAUUAUAGCAAGGGUUUUCAAAUGCAAUUACAUAAUCAAUGUGCUGAAAAUCCGAAUGCAGCUUCUUUGCAGAUGCAAUGGUUGAGAUCCCAGUCAGUUCACUUAGAAGAACAGAGGCUAAAAAUUGAAUUAGAGACUUUGGAGUUGGAGAAAGAACGAUUCAAGUGGCAGCGGUUUUGCAAGAGAAAAGAUCGCGAGUUAGAAAAGCUCAAGAUGGAAAAUGAUAAGAUUAGGCUCGAAAAUGAACGUAUAUCAUUGGAAUUGAAGCGAAUGGAAAUGAAUGUUAAAAGCACUCCUUGAUUAUCCUGUUAAAAGGGUUUAUAAUUGACUAAUAAUGUAGCUUAUGUCUUUCAGUUUGACAUCUUUCGCAGCAGACACUUUGUUGUGGACAUGGGAUGAAGCUGAGACUAGUAGAGGGUAAAAGAUGCUUGCAUUUAUCUAGUAUUUGAGUUAUAAAUGGUAGCUAUUACAACCCUUUUUAUUGCAAUUUGAUAUUGAUUUUCUUAUUGUUUGCA